AUGGAGACGUUCAGGGGUCAGUGGGUGAACGAGAGAGACGCAUGGCGGCUGAAGCAGGAGGAGUACAGGAAGCUGAGACGCGAAUGCCGGCCCUUGCAGGAACUUGGUUCCUUCACAGCCUCUUUCCCAUCUGCUCGUUCUCGCAGAACCUGGGACGCCCUGCCGUCGACAGCUGAAACGUCAGGAGACAUGCGAAGGCCACAAUCAGCGAUCGUAACGUCAGCAGGUGCAUCGAGAGUGAAGGGGAUGAGUGAAGGUCAAGUGGAGAAGGUGAGGAGACUUGCUAUUCGGCGCAAGGAGAAGAGACUGGUGGACAUGAACGGCAAAGGAAUGUUCGAGUCGAGCAUCAAUGAGGUCAGAGCAAGGUGCAUGGAGCAAGCAGAGAUCAAGAGCUGGUACAUACGGAUGACUGUGAACACAAGAAAGCGAAGGGUGCAGUUGGGAUGGGCGAGGAUGUGCAAGAGGCUGUUUGAGAAGGUCCGUUGGUCGUUUCUUGAUGACGCACACAAGAUGCAAGGGGGUGAUUUACUCGCCUCUAUCAUCGUGAGCUCUCAGUCGACAGCGAGUGGGAAGAAGAAGCUGAACGAGCUUGCUAACGCUCAGAGCAAGCUCGACAUCACAGACUACGAGCGACCUGAUAGCGCGGCUGUUCCUGAAACUCCUUCUAGGAAACAGAAGUUCUUGUUCGGGAACUACGUCGCAACCAACAACGUGGAUCUCGAUGCGUACUACAAGAGGAACGAACGGAUUUUACGGAAUCUGAAGGCGUCAGAGGGCGGCCGACAGGAUGGGCUAUACGAGGAAGCGAGCAGAGACAUGGCUGAAGGUGUCGAGACGUGGGCAUCACUGUUUCCCAACGAUGAGUUUCGCAUACAACAAGAAACUGCCCAGCUGGUGAGCCGACAGAAUGAGGAUGUUGACAAGGAGUUCAAGGAGAGGAGGAGGAAGUCGACGGCUGAAUGGAUGCUGAAGGAAAAGACGCUGACCUCUCAGGACCUCUUGCUGGAUGACCAUGUUUGCAACCUUCGACAACUUCACGAUCAGAAGGUCCGGCUGCAUGCUCAAGAUGGGAAGGGGCGACUGGCGGCCAUGGGGAAGCUGAAUCGUGUGUGGAUCAACGGGGAAAGAGUCGAACUUUGA